CUUUAUCUCCAUUCGAAAGUAAGAAGAGAGUAAACAUACCUAACGUAAAACAUAAUGGGUUUAAAAAUUGCUUGUCUUUUGUUUUCUGCUGUUACAAUACAGACCAUCGUGGGCCAAUGUCUCCGAGCUCCAUAUCCAGCAGCUUAUCCCAACGAUAUCACUAUAGCGAAUCUAGGCGCUGAUUUACCCUUGGCCUACCCUGUCGCCGGACCAUUUAAUGCCGGACCUGGCGUACCUGGCUUAACUUAUGGCUUAUCAUUGGCUGAACUGUCUGCGUCUAAUGGUGAGGGUCUACGUGUGAACAGCGCAUCUCCCAUAGCAGCAACAGGUGUUACGGUCGAGACUGACAAGAUGGUUAUUGAAGGUCCUUUGGCUGUGACGGGUCAGUUACCAUUUUUAGGAGCUGUAGCUUUAGAAGGACCUUUGCCAGCUAGUGGGAUGGGAGCUGUUGCCUACGAAUGCGGAAAUGGACAGAUAGGGAUUGUCAACGAAGGUGUCGAACCGGCGCCAGUGCUUGCUCCAACGUACCCCAAUGGACAAAUUGCUACGGGUUACCAAAAUGGACCAAUGGCAGCGUACCCAAACAUGCAACUGGGCUCAGGAUACCCUAAUGCAGGACUAAUACCGUUUGCGAAUAAUUUCGCUCCCGGUUACGGACCAAUUUCUCGUGUUUAAUUGAGUUAAUUUGUUUUAAAAUUGUUGAUUAUUUUUUUAAGCGUAUUAAAUGAAAUUUAUUGGUGACGGAUAUAUACUUUUCUGUGAUCUACUUUUGAGUCUACUUAUGUUAAUAAAGUUUUAAAAAAUA